CUGCUGUUGUCAAAUAUCGCGGGAGCCGCCUCCCUAAUCACUACGUAAUGUGCCGUGCUGCUUCUAGCGGCGCUGGUGACAGUGCUGAAAGCUGUUGGGUAUGAAGUGAAACCGAACUGAAUUUUUGUACCAUCCGCAACUGCUUCAAGUUCAGAUCACAACUAAAGGAACUGAAGACAAACAUCCCAGAUUUAAAAAAAAGUUGCAACACUAAAGCCACGUGGGGGGAGAAAAGGAUCACUUCAAGGAUUUAAAAACACAAGAGAAACAAAAAUCCUGAAACGACCAAAGAACACGCACAUCAGCCCAACUGAAACGUGAAAGAGAAGCAAUCCUAUGCCCAAGCAUAUUCUAAGAAGAAAACUGAUCUGAAACAAGAAGUUUGUGCCUACUCAACAGCUUUGACAAAGCACACGUCCCAACGCUGCUCCUAGCCCUCCUCAUCCUAACUACGCCGCCGACUCGCCACUAAAGUGUAGAGUAGGCUCUCUGCUAGUACCCUCCCAUAGUCUCCCCCGUCUCUCUACUCCGCAUUUUUGUUCUCCGUAACUUUUCUAAGCAGUGUUAUUGCAACUGCCUUUUGUGUGCUAGGUUUCUUUUUUCUUUUUUUUUACUUUAUGCAACCACCUUGGUCUUGUGCCAGAAACCUGGUAGGAGCGUGCAUGUGUUAAAGUGUGUGUAUGUGUUUGUGUGUGUGAAGCUCUGCGAAGUCAUCAAGAUCCAGAGAAAAAAGAUAAAAGAAACAGUAAAGACAUCCAGCCGUGUAUCACUGGGUGGUUACUUUACGGUUGUCCAUUUAAAAAAAACAAACAAAACAAAAAAAAAAAAAUCAAGCAGAAAUUAAAACAAGUUCAGCAAGUGCUCAAGCAACUUUGGUUGAAGUUUAUGGGAAAAUAUGGGCAGCCCCUGGAAAGGCUUUGUUGAGUUUACCUUGCCUGCGUCACCACCCACCGCAUUUGUUAGUGCUGACCUGAGCAGCACCUCCCCUGUGGGACUCAGCCUGUCGCCAUAUGGCCGAUCCCGUGUUGCGGCUCUAUCCCCUGUGUCAGAAAUGGAAAGGGGCUCCUCUGAACCCCCUGUUGCCCGCAGCGGUGGCUCGGCCCCCGAUUCCUCCACCGCUCCCAUGCCCAUACCCCGCUCCUCCUCUGUCUCUUGCCACCCUCACCCUGGAAGUAAAAAGUACAAGCGGACUCCUUUGUAUCAGAGAUCAAUGAGUUUUGACCCAGGCAUGCUUCAUAACAACGGACACACCGCAUAUGCCAACGGCUCAGGGCCUGGCAUCAGAGAAACCGGUGUGGUGGAGAAGCUGUUGACUUCCUAUGGAUUCAUCCAGUGCUCAGAGCGCCAGGCUCGUCUUUUCUUCCAUUGCUCCCAGUAUAAUGGGAACCUGCAGGAGCUUAAAAUAGGAGAUGAUGUAGAGUUUGAGGUGUCCUCUGACAGGCGCACUGGCAAGCCCAUAGCAGUGAAGCUGCUUAAGAUAAAGCCAGAGGUGCUGCCAGAGGAGCGCAUCUCGGGCCAGGUGGGGCCAGACCUGCACGCCUAUCCCUUUACUGUGCUGCAUGGUUAUAUUCAUCCAGUCGUCUCAUCUGUCCCACUGAACUUGGAUGGGAAGGCCGCUCCGGGCCAGGUUCCCACUGGGAGUGUUUGUUAUGAAAGAAAUGGAGAGGUUUUUUAUCUGACCUAUACUCCUGAUGAUGUGGAGGGGAAUGUCCCUUUGGAGACGGGCGACAAAGUCAGCUUUUACAUGGAGACAAACAAGCAUACUGGUGCAGUGAGCGCUCGCAAUGUUCAGCUUGUGAAGAAAAAGCAGGCGAGGUGCCAGGGUGUGGUAUGUGCUACAAAGGAGGCUUUUGGGUUCAUUGAGAGGGCAGAUGUGGUGAAGGAGAUCUUUUUUCACUACAGCGAGUUUAAGGGCGACCUGGAGGCUCUUCAGGCUGGAGAUGAUGUGGAAUUCACCAUCAAAGACAGAAACGGCAAGGAAGUAGCUACGGACGUGCGCCUGCUCCCUCAGGGGACCGUCAUCUUUGAAGACAUAAGCAUUGAGCAAUUCGAAGGCACUGUUGUUAAAGUUAUUCCCAAGGUUCCCACGAAAAAUCAGAGUGACCCUCUGCCUGGGCGCAUCAGUACGAGGAUUGGUUUCUCUGAGAAGGAGCUUCCUUUUGGAGAGAAGGACACAAAGUCUAAGGUGACUCUUUUGGAGGGAGACCACAUUCAGUUUAACAUCUCCACUGACCGCAGAGACAAACUAGAGAGGGCUACAAACAUCGAAAUCCUCCCAGACACCUUCAACCUGACCAAGGAGACCCGUGAAAUGGGCGUGAUUGCAGCCAUACGCGACGGCUUUGGCUUCAUAAAGUGCGUGGAUCGAGAUGCCCGAAUGUUCUUCCACUUCAGCGAGGUCCUGGAGGAAAGCCAACUGCACAUCUCGGAUGAAGUGGAGUUCACUGUUGUGCCUGUAGGUUCUGUUAAGCUUUUCACAAAAGAUAUGCUGUCUGCUCAGAGAAACCAUGCGGUUCGCAUUAAGAAGCUUCCCAAAGGGACGGUGUCCUUCCACACUCAGUCUGAGCAGCGGUUUGUGGGCGUCGUGGAGAAGGAAGUCGUGUCGGCCUCCAACAAGAACGCGAGCCCCACCAAGGGAAAGGAGAAGAAAAAAGACAAGGAAGCUGAAGAGGGAGUGAUUGCCUAUGAAGACUGUGGUGUGAAGCUCACUGUGCCAUAUCAUGUCAAAGACCUGGAGGGAGGAAGUUUCCCUCAAGCUGGAGACAAGGUGGAGUUCUGCAUCAAUGAAAUGAAGCGAACGGGCCAUCAGAGUGCAGUGUCCAUCAGGGUUCUCAACCGCAACGCCUCCAGCUCCAGACGACUGCACGGAUUCGUUGCUGCACUGAAGGAUAACUUUGGCUUCAUCGAGACAGCAAACCAUGACCAGGAAGUUUUCUUUCACUACAGUGAAAUGUGUGGGGAUGUGGAUAAUUUGGAGCUGGGUGACACGGUGGAAUAUACUCUCUCUAAGGGGAAAGGAAACAAAGUUAGUGCUGAAAAGGUUACCAAGGUGGCUGCAGUGAAUGGUACUGGUGACGAUGUUGGUGCAUCUGUGUUGGCGGGAAAAAUCAUCCGUCCCAUCCGCAGCGUGGAUCCCUCCCAGACUGAAUAUCAAGGACUCAUUGAAGUGACUGAGGAAGGUGAAGACAAGGGGCAGAACUAUCCCUUUGGAAUCAUGGGGAUGACGAAGAAGGCAGACUGCCUGCAGAAGGGGGAACAUGUUAAGUUCCAAGUUUGCACAGUCACCCAGACUGGCCAGAAGAUGGCGUGCAAUGUUGUUCCUCAGCGCAGAGCUCCAGUGGAGUGUGUCAAGGACCAGUUUGGCUUCAUUACGUACGAGGUCGGAGAGAGCAAGAAGCUGUUCUUCCACGUGAAAGAAGUGCAGGACGGCGUGGAGCUCCAGAUCGGAGACGAGGUGGAGUUUUCAGUCGUCUUCAAUCAACGCACUGGAAAAUGUAGUGCCUGCAAUGUACGCAGAGUUAGUGAGGGACCCAAACCGGUGGCCACGCCACGUCCCGACCGYCUGGUGAACCGAUUGAAGAGCAUCACUCUGGAUGACGCCAGCGCUCCUCGUCUGGUCAUCCUACGGCAGCCUCGGGGUCCCGACAAUUCAAAGGGCUUCAGCGUGGAGCGGAAGACUCGACAGCCUGGAGUCAUUGACUGAGCAAUACGCAGCCAGCCCCAUCAGGCCUUGGAGGGAUGCAGUCUCCGAGGGAAACAGCAGGGGGCAAUAAGGGGAAACCGAUCUGACAUACUGCUUGUGAACUAACUCAUCCAUGAAAUAUAACACGCGCAUGCAACAAG